AAGGCGUUCGGCUGGAGCGGGGUCUCGCGAAUCCCCCCGGGGUGCGGUGCCGAGCAGCCGGGCUGCCCUGCCGCGGCGCCCGGGGCCGAGGGCCGGGCCGUGUCCCGCGCGUAGCCCGGGCCUGCCCCGGCGCGGUAGCGCCAGCGAAGCCACAGCGGCUCUUGUGGAGCUCUCAGCUGAGCGUUUUCCUUGUUGCGUGAUAGCACUUAGUGAAAACAGUGCCCGAAGAAUGUCUUUUCAAAGACUUCACCUUAGGGAAGCAAAGAUACAUUUCUUGAGCAAGGGCCCCGUCAAGGGUUAUGGUAUCACUUUGGGGACGUUUCUCUGAGGCACCUCGGGACUGAUAGCAGUGUCCUAAAUUAAAAGUGAAAGUAUCCACCCUUAAUGGCAAAUGGAUGAUAGGAGAAUGUGCAAAUAAACAGUCAGUGUGACAUGCAACAUUUGAAAACACCCACUCAAUUAGCAAAGAGGUUCUUUGGAAUCUUGGCAGCAAUUUGGAUCACCAUUGAGGUGAAAGCUCUCAAAGACAAGCCUCUUGAUUUCGUCCCUGUCUGCAGAGACCGCAGUGAUGUGUUGGUGUUGCAAUUCUGUAAGGACCUGCAGCAAAACAACUCCACAAAAAGAAGCACCUUCAGAACAAAGAUGAAUAUCGGGAAAGCUUACAGUGCUGUUAACAUCAGCAAUGGAACAGAUCUAGCUAUUGGCUUUACCUCUUCUGCAGUAGCUGUUCUUCUGUUUGGGACAAACUUUGUGCCUGUCAAGAAAUUUGAUACUGGUGAUGGCAUGUUCUUCCAGUGGAUUCUCUGUGCCUCCAUAUGGAUUGUUUCUUUAGUGGUCAAUUUGAUCCAGAAUUGCCCCCGGUUUUGGCCUCUGGCUAUGGUUGGAGGUUUUGUGUGGGCUACAGGCAAUGUUACAGUUGUCACUAUUAUUAAAACUAUUGGCUUAGCUCUUGGUCUUUUGAUAUGGGCUUCUUUUAAUUUGCUGACAGGUUGGGCAAGUUCAAGGUUUGGUUGGUUUGGAAUUGACCCGGAAGAGGUAUCAAGACCAAUCUUAAAUUAUGUUGGAGCUGGACUUUCACUUAUAAGUGCUGUCAUAUUUCUUUUUAUAAAAACUGAAGUCCAGAGUUCUUCAGCUUCAUUAGAAAGCACACCUUUACUGAGAGAAAGUUCUAUUAAUGAUUCUGAAGAUACCACUGAAGACUCAUGGGUGAACAAACUUUCUCCAGUAAAAAAGAGACUCAUAGGCUGUAGCCUGGCUGUAGUAGCUGGAAUACUCUACGGUUCCAGUUUUAUACCAGUACUUUACAUCAAGGAUCAUGGAAGAAGAAAUGAAACUAUAUACACAGGAGCAAGUCAGUUUGAUUUAGAUUAUGUUUUUGCACACUUCAGUGGAAUAUUUCUUACAAGUACCAUCUACUUUUUGAUCUACUGUGCAGUCAAAAAAAAUAAACCUUAUGUUUAUCCCCAAGCCAUAUUGCCAGGGUUUAUUUCUGGUGUGCUUUGGGCAAUAGCCAAUUGCUGCUGGUUCCUGGCCAAUCACUAUCUUAGUGCUGUCGUCAGCUUUCCAAUAAUUACUGCAGGUCCUGGCCUUGUUGCUGCAAUGUGGGGAGUCCUUGUAUUUAAGGAAAUCAAGGGACUGAAAAACUACGUGUUACUGUCAGUAUCAUUUUGCAUCAUUUUGGGUGGUUCACUUUCGACAGCUUUUUCUAAAGUCUGAAAGGACCUUCUGGACCAGUAGAUGGUGCUAAUGUUUAACACAAAUAGAAAGACAAUGUUGGUAGGUCAUAAUACAUAAUAUUUUUCCAAAUGUAUGUCCAACAUUUACCCUAACUUGCUAUAGACAAGUGGAAAAUGAAAACAUUUGGCAUGAAAGAAAAUAUGGGAAUGUUUGUUUCUGCGUUUCAUGGAAUAGUAAGAAAAUCAAAGGACUUUAUUAAUCAAAGCUAAAUGAUUUUAUUGUUACUAAUUAUUAGUUUUUUUCAUUCAGGUGCUAAACUUCAUGUCAUCAUAAAUUGCAGUUUACUGUUGUGAUGGUGGAUAGUGAUUUUCGUUCUUAGUCUGUAAUACUGUAUGUGUUUGCAAGCUGAUUUAUUAAAACAUUUUGUCUUACUGGCAAAUAUAAGAUAUGUCUUGAAAUAUUGCUUAUGAAACUGAUACACAUGAAGGUAACAAAGCUUUUCUUUUAUUUAGAAGCAUUAUUCUUUAAAAUCAUUACUUUGCAUAAAAAUGUUAUCUUCCAGUCACUUCAGACUUGUGAAGGAAAUAGAGUUAAAAGGGUGCUGGAAAAUAAAUUACUUUUGUUUCACAAUGUUUUCCAUAACUACCACCAACACUGUUUUCCUACUUGUGGCAGCUAACCUUUAUAUAUGCAGAGCAUGUUGUCUGAAUCUCCCCGUAGCCUUUUCUUCAGUAGAUUAGACAACUCCAGCUCCUGCAGUCUUCCCUUGCUUGUAACUUGCUUGUAAUUUCUCUUUAUCUUUCCUGAUAAUAGAACGGUUUGGCUGCAAGGGACCUUAAAGAUCAUCUAUGUCCAACCCCUCUGCCAAGGACAGGGAUGCAAUUCAUUAGGCCAGGUUGCUCAGGGCCCCAUCCUACCUGACCUUGAACGCUUCCGGAGAUGAGGCAUUGGCAGCUUCUCUGGACAGGCUAUUCCAAUCUUUCACCAUCAUCUGAGUAAAGAAUUUCAUUCCAAAAUCUAAUCUAAACCCAACCUCUUUCAGUGCAAAACCAUUGCCCCUUGCCUUGUCACUGUCUGCCUGUAUAAAAAGUCCUUCUCCCUCCUUUUUAUGUACCACUUUAAGCUUCUGGAAGGCUGCAAUGAGGUUUCCCUGAAGCAUUCUCCAUGCUGGUCUCUCACUAAGUGGACUACAUCUGACAUGGCAGUCAGGCUGCAGUCUUUCAGAAACCAAGAAGUGCAGCACUAAGAUUAUUGGAAGGAUCCCCUUCCAGUUUGCAAGCUCUGCUCACAGUUACACAUCACAGCUUUUUGCCAUCAUGGCUUGAUAUUGUUAACAUGUUCAAAUUGCAACCAUAGUUUCUCCUUUCUCCCUUCCACCUUUCUUUGUCUGCUCUUCACCAGAUUUGAUCUUAGAACUGUUACUCAACCUGCUUUUUCCCAUCUUGUGUUGUUUAUUCCUACCUGGGUGUCAGAACUUGGUGUCGGAGAGGUUUUUCCCCUCUAAGGCAUUUUUCUGGUUUUGGUCUCUAUGUUAACCCUGUCCUCCAACAAGGUGGCAGCAUUUUUCAGCCAGAUGUCGUCUGCAAAUUUAAUAAAUGUACUCUCUAAUUGCUGUAAAUAAUUAAUGAAAAUGCUGUGUGAUACUAGCCUUUACUUGCAUUUUGGUAUCUAAUACUGCUUACUUUUCAGGGAACGGUUGAUUAACCUUUGAAUACAAUUUUCCUGUAUCCUACUGUGCUUU